GACGCUCUGGAUCUACUAAACUUCUUCGACGACGCUCUUGGGAGGGGAACAUUUGUACCUAGCAGGCGUUCCAGACAUGCAGUCGGGGUUAGUUUGGAAAAAGACGCGACCGAGGUUGGAUCGUUGGGCGUGGUAUACCUGAACCGGCAUAAUCCAUCCACCUGCAGACGCGGACAGAUCGAGACGGAUGCAACGACAAAGAUCGAUCGGGAAAAUGGAUGUACUGUGGCUGAUCGGAUUCUUCCUAGGAAUCGAGUUUCUCUGCGGCCGAACAACUCUCGCUCACAUCUCCGUACUUUCGAGCCCUAAGGAUGCCAUUGGUUACGGAACGCAAUACCGAUUCCAAUACUACGUACGCGACGAGCACGGGGAUUACAAAACUCAGGAAGAAGCUGGAGAAGGUGGAAGCGCACGGGGAAGCUACGCCGUCGAGGAGCCGAACGGUGAGUUGAGAAUCGUCCAAUACACGACGGACCUGAGCGGCGGAUUCAAGGCGCACAUAAAGGUGGAUCACGCGGGAAAAUCACCGUCAAAACUCCAGGAGAUCGACAUACCGGCUGAGGAAUUGCGGAAGUUGAUGACCGAGAACCGGCGGAAGAAGGCGGAACUGGAUAUACCGGAAGUGAAAUCCUCCAAGAGCUACGUUCUCGGUCCACCCCGAAAAAUGUCUGACAUUGUGAUGGAGCAGGCGGCGGCGAUCAGGGAAAUUAUAUCGAAGGAAAUAAAGGCGGAGGAGGAACGCGAGGCGGUGGGAAAACUGAAGGUGAAGGGCGGCGAGAAUCCCGUGGAGGAAGAUCUUGGAUCGACGGACGUCGUCGACUGCGACGAGGAAAAAACGGCCACGAAAAUUCCGGAAACGUCGCUUCCUCGUAUUUCCUCACUCCAAGUUGAAGACAAGACAAAACCAACGACCGAGCCAACAAUUCCUCCGACGCGCCGUGAAAACGAAGAAACGCAGGAGCAAUCCGUCGACGAGGUCGACUCACCGGACGAAGUUUGCGGAUCUGGAGGCUGUCCGUCAUAUUCCAGUGAAAAAACUGCCAAGGCGGUUUCAACCGAGGAACAAACUGACGAAAGAAACAAUUCCCAGGUAGCGAGGGAUAACUCAGAGGUCCCGGAGAUUGGGAAAGAGACCGCGACGCUCCAGGAAGGGGAUCUGCAGUCUCCGUUGGUCCACGUUGCGUUGACUUCACGGAAAAUCGACGAGAAUCCGAGUCUCAUUCGGGAAGCGAAGCCGAGUCCCGUAAAAAAUUUCAGCUUCAAGAAUCGCAUGAUGUUCUACAAACCGGCGGAUACGAGUCCGAACGGCUCUCUGGAUCCGAAUCUGCCCAGAAAGUCCGACGGCGUUGAGAAGUCCGUAAAUAUUGCCGGAGACUUGGCCAACGAGAAUCAUGCGAGCACCGAAGGAGAAGAAGAAAUUGUGCUGUACUCGCCGCAGGUGGAGAACGGAGAGCAGGGCAACCGGAAGCGCAGGUUCAUCAAGGUACCCUACGAAGUGCUGAGACCCUACUUCGCCAGCGUGCAAGAAGAGGAACAAAAGAAAAUGACAAAGUGAUCGGAGGAAUAGAGAGAAAAUAUUAUUGUAAUAAUGGACUGAUUUAUAGUCUUGCGAAGAAUUUGCUAUAACGUAUUGCUGCGUUCUUACUACGAUGUACGUACUUACCUUACAUACGUAAUACGAUUAAUGAAUUUGUGAUUUGCACGGUAUGAUAGUAUUUUUAUA